AUGCAACUAUUCAAACCUCUGACUUCUCCACUAAACAGUUACCUCACCACCGACCCAUCCUACUGCCACAGUGGCCCGACCAACAUAGACUCCUUUUGUUUCUUCUUUUCUUUGCAGGUACUUGAGUACACUCACGCUGGUGAUUUUCAUAUGUUUGACUUGGCCAGGGCCUCUCUUACUUGCUUCCGGUUCGAGGCUUUUGGUCUUUGGCAGCGAGACGGGGAGGUACUCCACAUCUGUCGCUCGUCUCUCAGCUUACGAGCCGACGACUUCGUAAUCACAGCGCAUACUUCCCUCGGUCUUUCUACAAUCGACACUCUCUGUCAGAACAGUUUAUCCUUACUCGUCAUAUCUUUUUUCGUUCCCCUCACAAAUUUUCUUUCUUUUUCUUUCUUUACUUUUCUUUCUUUCUUUCCUUUUCUGUCUUUCUUUCUUUUCUUUCUUUUUUCUUUCUUUUUCUUUCUUUCUUUCUUUCUUUCCUUUUCUUUUUUUCUAUCUUUCCUUUUCUUUCUUUCUUUCUUUCUUCUUCUUGUACCAUUACUUUUUCCCUCUUUAUAUCUUCACUUCUUCUUUCCCUCUUUUACUGAGACCUCAUCAUUAUUUAUGUUAAACAUUUGGUCACAAGCAUUACUUCCCAUUCAUCGUUUUCUUCGUUAUAAUUUCCGCCAUUUUCAAUCUUUUUUAUUUAUUCUCAUCUUUCCCAAAGCGUUAUUCUUUCUUUUCUAUUUUUUCCAUGUACGUUUUUUUUUCUUUCUUUCUAAUAUUUUCCUUUCUCUCCUUCUUUCUUACACACAUCUUUUCUUUCUUUUCAUUGUUCCUUCUUUCUUUCUUUCUUUCUUUCUUUCUUUCUUUUUUCUUUCUUUCUUUCUUUCUUUCUUUCUUUCUUAUAUUUCCUUUCUCCUCUCCUUUUUCUUUCCUUUUCUUACUUGUACACAUCUUUCUUUUUUUCUUUCUUUCUUUCUUUCUUUCUUUCUUUCUUUCUUUCUUUCUUUCUUUCUACUGAAUGAGAAAGUAGUUUCUUAUGCAUAUAUUUCUUUAAUUUCCAUUCUUUUCUUUAUACCUGCUGCCUUUCUUUCUUGCUCGUAUUUUGCUUGUUUCUUUCUUUUUUUCUUUGCACGUACCUUUCUUUCUUUCUUUCUUUCUAAUAUUUUCUUUUCUCCCUUUCUUUCUUGCACACAUCUUUCUUUAUUUUUCAUUAUUCCCUUUUUCUUUCUUUCUUUCUUUCUUUCUUUCUUUCUUUUCCUUUCUUUCUUAUAUUUCUUUUCUUCUCUAAUUUCUUUCUUUUCCUUUUCUUUCAUCUCUUUCCCUUCUUUCUUUAUUUCUUUCUUUAUGCUAUCUUUCUUCCUUGCUCGUACUUUUUGCAUUUUGCUCUUUCUUGCAAUCCCCUUUUUUAUCUUUCUUUCCUUCUGUCUUUCUGUCCUUCUUCCUCUCUUUCUUUCUUUUUUUCUUUCUUUUUUUUCUGUCUGUAUUUUUUCCGUCUUUCUGUCUGUCUUUUUUCUUUCUGUCUUUCUUUCCUUUCUGUCUUUCUUUCUUUCUGUCUUCCGUUCUUCCUUUCAGUCAUUCUGUUUUUUCCUUUUUUUUUCUGUCUUUCUUUCCUUUCUAUCUUUCUUUCUUUCUUCCUCUCUUUCUUUUCUUUUCUUCUUUCUCUUAGUCUCUCUGUCUUUCUUUCCUUUCUAUCUUUCUUUCUUUCUUCCUCUCUUUCUUUUCUUCUUUCUCUUAGUCUUUCUGUCUUUCUUUCUUUUUGCCGUUCUUCCCUUCUCUCUGUCUUUCUUUCCUUUCUGUCUUUCUUUCAGUCAUUCUGUUUUUUUCUCUUUUUUUCUGCUUUUCUUUCCUUUCUAUCUUUCUUACUUUCUUCCUCUUUUUCUUUCUUUUCUUCUUUCUCUUAGUCUUUCUGUCUUUCUUUCCUUUCUAUCUUUCUUUCUUUCUUCCUCUCUUUCUUUCUUUUCUUCUUUCUCUUACAAAAUUUGUUUCUCUCUCCCUCCCUCUCUCUCUCUCUCUCUCUCUGUCUCUCUGUCUCUCUCUGUCUCUCUCUCUCUCUCGGCCACCUCUUUAACCGCCACCUCUUCAACCGUUACCACUUCAACAACCACCUCUUCAACGACUACUCCUUCAACCGACACCUCUUCAACCGUUAACAAUUCAACGACCAACUCUUCAAUGGUUACUCCUUCAAAAGGUUACCACUUCUUCAACCGUUACCAUUUUGUUCACCCGUUACCAUUUUGUUCACCCGUUACCACUUCUUCACCCGUUACCACUUCUUCACCCGUUACCACUUCAUCAACCGUUACCACUUCAUCACCCGUUACCACUUCUUCAACCGUUAUCACUUCAUCAGCCGUUACCACUUCAUCACCCGUUAUCACUUCUUCAACCGUUAUCACUUCAUCAGCCGUUACCACUUCAUCACCCGUUACCACUUCUUCAACCGUUAUCACUUCAUCACCCGUUACCACUUCAUCACCCGUUAUCACUUCAUCAGCCGUUACCACUUCAUCAGCCGUUACCACUUCAUCAGCCGUUAUCACUUCAUCACCCGUUAUCACUUCAUCACCCGUUACCACUUCUUCAACCGUUACCACUUCUUCAACCGUUAUCACUUCAUCACCCGUUAUCACUUCUUCAACCGUUAUCACUACAUCAACCGCCACCUCUUCAACCUGCGACCUCUUCAACCGCCACUUCUUCAACCGUUACCACUUAAUCCUGGUGAAGUAUUUGAGUCUCUUGCAAAACCCUUUUCACUGCCGACUUAUGUAA